AUGUGUUUAAAACACCUUUUAUUUCUACUGCCGCUUAUAAACAAAUAAUAAUUUUAAUAUGGAGCCUAUUGCAAUCGAUAAAGUCCUAAUGGUAUUGAGUUUUUUGUUCACUACUCCAGAAAAUCAUAUACAGUUGAAUUCGAGAGAUGUUAACGUAUCGUCAUUAAUGCGUAUUGGCGGAGAUGAUAUUGCCUGGCAAAACUGCAACGUUCAAGAAAUGAAGAACUUGGGUUACGACGUUAAUGCGGCGCUAGACUACCAAAUGAAAGCGAACAAAAGACUGGAAAGCAUUGUUAGCGAUCUACAAGCUAUCAAAACAAGAUUAAGCACCCCCAAUCCGGUCGAUUGUUCUAAAGGACAAGUCGGCGAAUUCAAUGUAAACUUGCCGCAAUCGCCGAUUCCUUUCUCUGUGUUGUGCAUAAACAAUCAAUAUGGUGACAAUUGGUUCUUGAUCGCUCAUCGCAAAGUCACUAACGCCCUUUUCCGUAAUAAUCCAGCAGCUGAUUCAUUAGAAAAUGGUAUGGGCGAAUUUAAUGGCGAAUAUUUCAUUGGUUUUAACAAAUUGCGUGCAAUUACUGAUAGCCAAAUGUAUGAAUUGCUUAUAGUGGAGAGCAAUGGAAGGAAUAAGCCGUGGUAUGAUCAUUACCAAACUGUGGCACUUGAUGCCAAUAACAAGGUGAGACAACUGGGAGAGCAUAGAACCAAUCGCGCUGAUAAUCUUAUGGGCUUAUUGGCUCACGCUGAAGCGGUCAAUAAGAAAUUGAGAUUGGAUUUGAAUCCAAGUAAUGAAGUUACGAUUUAUUUACGAAAAACAUCAUUACAUGACGUUCCACUCUUUAAAGUAAAAUAAUAGGAUUUUGAAUUGUAUAAAACGACAUAGUUCCAAAACAA